AUGGCUGAUAAUGAGCACACCUGCUUACUUCUCCUCGAGCUGCUACUUGCGUCGGUGAGCUUACGUAGUACAGAAAGGAUGAUUUUUAUUCGAGGAUUUUUCUAUUUGUACCACUUCACCUUCUACGCUUAUCAGUAUCGCUUCAACGGGCAGUACAGUAGCUUAGCACUCGUCACGUCAUGGCUCUUCAUACAGCAUUCAAUGCUCUACUUCUUCCACCACUACGAACUGCCGAUGAUCCUUCAGCAAGCGCAAUUGCAACAAUUGCUUUACCGUAACCAUGCCACUGGUCAACCGGGUGGAGGUGCUGCUGGGGGAGGUCAAGGAGGCCGACAGCAACAACCAUCAAUGCAAGCAACUACUCCGUCGAACGAUGCUCAAGCUACUGCUGCUGCUACUGCUGCUGCUGCUGUUGCUACUGCGUCGCUGCCAGCCGCUGAACAGCAAGCUGAGACUAGAAGUCAACAGGAUUACAUUAGUGAUUUGUCGAGGAUCGAUAAUCUCAGUGAUAUUCAUCCCGGGCUUCAGGCUGCGGUCGACAGUGGUGUAGCCUCGAUUGAUUCGGCGACAAUAACAUCGUCCACGGAAUUGAUAACGUUACCCACGACGAAUAGCGGCAGCAGCGGCACCUCAUCGUUCGAGACAUCGCCAUCUACGCUAACUACGACGAUGGCCUCAACGGCUAUAACGACGGUGAGUAGCAGCAGCAGUAGCAGUGAAGGUUCGUCGGAAAGCUUCGAAGUAAUCGAGGCACCGAGGACUGCUAGGGCAACCUCGACCGACUGUUAACUAAAAUAAAAAAACAAGAAAGUUCGACGAGUUCCUCGAGCGCCUUGUGCUUGCUCGUUCUUUUACCGUUCGAACGAUAUGAAAGAGAGAUAGCGUGAGAAAGGGAUGUACAAGCGGUUCUUCGUACAGACGGAGAGAGCGACACGUUGUUAUUUAUUGAUUUUUUUGUAUAAGUGGUUGUUCCUCCCUAUCCACUGUCUUUAUUCUUGUGUCCCUUCUUAUUCGCUGCUUCUUAUUUUUUUUUUAAAUUUUAAGCAUCGCGUCGAUGAGAGAUACCAGCGGAACAAAUGUGUGCUUUUCUUUUUUUCUAUAGUAUAUAUAUAUAUACAUGUAUGUAAUUGAUCUCGGUUAAGACUUCGAUACGAGGACUUGUAAACUAAUGAACGCUUUAUGUAAUAUGUACAGCUCAGUUGAGUCUCGUACGUACGUCUUUGUGGGACUUUUAAUUUAAAAUUAGAUGGAAAACAAAACGAAAGAACGAAGAUAGUUAUAUACAUAUAGGUUUUUCUUCUUAUUUGUUUUUCUUUUUAUGUCCUAUCUUCGGAUAAUUUCUCGUAAUUGAAAUAAUAUUUGUCAAUGAGUGCACAGAAAUUUUGAAUAAAAAUUAUG